GAAUGAUUGAUAGCAAACUAGUAACUUUCUUGGAGAACAGACUUUAUGAAGAGCAGUUAGAGCAUAAGCCAGGGGAAAAGUACAACAUUAAUUUGAAUGCUAAGAGAUCUUACAUGCCUAAAAUUGGAUCAAAAGUUUAUGCUAAUAGAUUUGCGAUUUCUAAGAUGAUGGCAAUGAAGAAAUAAGACUCCAAAUAUAUCUCAUGAUCAUGAUCUUGAUGAUACUUCCUUCUUGAAUGAGGAUACAUCUCCAUACUCUAUGAACAGGAGAAAUAAGAUGUUCAAUCGAAGAAUUAAUAACAAUUUUCUCCUUAAAAGAAAUAGCAAGAGAAGCCAAAUAAGAGGGAAUGAGAAGAUGAAUAAGACUGGAAUGGACUUUAUGCCAUAUACAAAUACUUCAAAUCCCCUUAGUACAACUUAUAACCAGGAUUCGAAUUUUAGAAAAUAUUUCUCAAAGCCCUCCUCCUCUGCUUCAAAGAGGUUCAGACCUGUAGGGCCUAAGAAGGUCAACAGGACCACUUUUGGCAAUAAAUUAGUUGCUAAUAGAAGCAAAAGAAUUAGACGAGCCUCUUUUCAAGAAAGAAUGACCGUUUACAAGAAAAACUCCAUGAAUUACGAUGAAAUCAAGAGGAUUCGGGAAGAGUUUAACUUAGAAAGACAUGAAGUCUACACUCUUAAUUCAGAGUUUGAUUCAAUGCUUUAUAUGCAAGAGAACAAAUCUUCGAUGGCAGAGAAUGAAGGACCUAGCUCGAAGCGUACUCCUAUUGAUUUCGGAUUAAUUCAAGAGCAGAAAGGGAUCACCUGACAGUUCUUCUUUGAUAAUGCAACAUUUAUUAAAGGGAUUCUACCUGAGAUCAAGAAGAGAAUUAUUACAGCACUAGGACUAGAUGCUGAUAGCCCUCAUACAACUUUAAACUGGGAACAUUAUGUGACUCUUUAUUGUAUGCUUGAGAAAUCUACUUAUAAAGACGACGGAGUUAAAUUUUGGUGAACCUUUUUCGACCCUCAUGGCUUCGGAUCUGUCGUGGAAAGUGAUUACAUGACACUCCUCGAGAAGAUGGUAAGAGGCAAGUCAUAUGACUAUUCCAACCAUUUCACUCAACUGUAUGCUGAGAAAAUUCAAAAUAUUUUCGAGAAAAACAGAUGUCUCGGUUACGAGAAUGAACUUGUGAUCUCAAGAUUAGAAAAAUGACUCAAAAAUGGGGUCAACCCCAGAACUGCCAAGAACAGAGAUCUACCAGUGAUCAAAGAGAUCUGGUUCUCUUCUGCUUUGGGGAACAGAGAGUUAAUUCUUGAUGAUUAGCUUUCAAUUUUA